AACAGCGUCCUCUGGUGUCGGGAGGACUUACUAAACCUUUCUAAAUGUUUCUGAAAAAAAGGCAAGAUGGAGCCAUUGUUCAGUCCGCCACUUCACAGUCAAAGACAUCAGUUUGUCAUCGAUUUUGUGAAAAGAAACAAACCUAAAAAGGUGGUGGAUUUGGGAUGCAGUGAGUGCAGCCUUCUCAAAAAACUGAAGUUUCACCGUGAAGUUGAACUGCUGGUGGGAGUGGACAUCGACGUUGCCAAAAUCAAGAAACACAUGCACGCAUUAGCUCCACUUUCUACAGACUACCUACAACCAACGUACGAUCAGCUAUGCAUCGAGCUGUACCAGGGCUCAGUCACACAGCGCGACGUCCGCCUCAGAGGAUUUGAUCUAGUGACCAGUAUAGAGCUAAUAGAGCACCUCACUCUUGCUGAUGUGGAGAGCUUCUCUGAGGUGGUGUUUGGUUACAUGACCCCAGUGGCUGUCAUUGUCAGCACCCCAAACUCUGAGUUCAAUCCCCUCCUCCCUGGACUGAAAGGUUUCAGACACAGCGACCACAAGUUUGAGUGGACCAGGGCAGAGUUUCAGUCCUGGGCUCUUCAGGUGUCUGUAAAGUACGGUUAUGAGGUGGAGUUCACCGGUGUUGGAGAGGCACCACCGGACCAACAGGAGAGUGUCGGCUUCUGCUCCCAGAUUGGUGUGUUUCGUCGGCUCAUGGGUAGAGAUGCCUGCAACGUUUUGUUCACUGAUGAUGCAGCUGAUGGGUUUUCAUACAGACUGGUGUACAGUAAAAUCUACCCCAGCCUGCAUGACAAUAACAUCCUGCGCAGGGUCCUGGUCACCGAGGUGUUGUCUUGGGCAGAAAAGCUGAAGAGAAGAUGGAUUGGGGAUAAGACAAAUGUGAAGGAUGACAGUUAUACACAGUAUCAGACUGAAAGAAGAGAGGAGGAAUGUCUUAGAUCUUCAGAACAGCAGACAGGUCAUGGAGCAGAGAUGAACAACCUCAGAGAAGAGUCAGAGGAUCAGGAGGGAGAGAGUGAAGAGCUGUUUUGGACAACAGGACUGGGAAAACAAAAGUCUUGCACAUUGCAAAGGGUUGUGUCUGUACCUCUGGCUGUGCUGUGGACUUCCUGCCCCAAAGUUGGUGCCCUGAGUGGAAGUCUCAGUAAUCUCAGACAUCUACUGAUGGAUGAUCCUGAAGUUAGACUGAACCAGGAUGGCUCUGCUCUGCUUAUAAAUCUCCAGGAACAAGACAAUGAAGAAGAAGAUCAAAAUGAUUUCGAGGACAGCGGAUAUGGAGAGGCCAGACAGUAUUGUCACAGUGCAGAGCAUGACGAAGACUGGGAGCCAGAUGUUUGAACUGGACACAGCUUUUGUUUCUGUAAAAGUUGGUGACAUGUAUUUUCUUUUAGGUGAUAUUGGACAAUGUAAACAUUCUUGCAAAUCCUGAGAUAAACCAGAAAAAGCUAUGCUUUUGGAUUUGUUAGAUGGCUCGUUUGCACUGUGACUGUUUUUCAGGAAUAAACCAGAUCUUCAAAAUCAA